AUGCUUUCCUCCCGACUCCUACCUCGCCCAAGUCUCUAUGGACGAAGACUCUUCUCUCGGGUCCACCAUGCUGAAGAAAAACAACGCGUAGACCUGUCGUUCAAUCUCUUAAAACCGUUAAACCCAGGUCAAGAAACCUCAAGCUCUGAAGGCCCUUUGGUCAUAUUGCACGGACUCUUCGGAUCGAAACGAAACUGGAGCUCACUAUGCAAAGCUUUCCAUCGUGACCUUCCUGGUCGAGCUGUAUAUUCCCUAGACCUACGAAACCAUGGUUCAUCUCCCCAUGCCAGACCCAUGACGUACCAAACCAUGGCUGAAGACGUUCGGCAUUUCCUGGAGACGCAUGGCCUCAAUAACGUCUCUCUCCUCGGUCAUUCCAUGGGCGCAAAGGUCGCAAUGUCGAUUGCACUCUCGCUGGCGGAGAAAAAUCCCAAAGACGAAACCAUCUCGCGUCUAAUUGUGGCUGACAUGGCCCCUGUCAAAGCAGAGCUAUCCAUUCGACUCUCACAAUACAUCUCAGCGAUGCAGGACGUCAACGCCAUGCCAGCUGGUAUGAUCAAAUCACUCCCAGACGCCGAUCGUAUAUUGGCGCACUUUGAGCAGGAGACAAAGAACCCAGCAGUCCGCCAAUUCCUCCUGACCAACCUCCUACUCCCAAGCCAUUCUCGCACGAGCCACACGCACGAGAAAGCCAAGUUCGCUCUUCCGCUUAGCAUCCUGCAGGAUGCGCUCCCAGAUCUGGCAGAGUUCCCAUACGACCACAAGGAGGCCACACAUCCAACCUUUGACAGACCGACUCUCGUCAUUUCCGGAACACACAGCGAAUACCGGAUAUUGGACCACACAAAAGCGUUUAAGACGUUCUUCCCUCGGGCAAAACUGGAAUCCUUGGAUGCAGGUCAUUGGGUCCAUGCAGAGCGUCCGAACGAAUUCAAAAAGCUAGUGGUAGACUUUAUCAAAUCAACAUAG